GGAAUCUUAGAACGUUUAAACGCUGGAGAAGUUGUGAUUGGAGAUGGAGGAUUUGUCUUUGCACUGGAAAAGAGGGGCUACGUCAAGGCUGGACCCUGGACCCCAGAAGCUGCUGUGGAGCACCCGGAGGCAGUUCGCCAGCUUCAUAGGGAGUUCCUCAGAGCCGGAUCAAACGUCAUGCAGACCUUCACUUUCUACGCCAGUGAAGACAAGCUGGAGAACAGAGGGAACUACGUGGCAGAGAAGAUAUCUGGGCAUAAGGUCAACGAAGCUGCUUGUGACAUUGCCCGUCAGGUGGCUGACGAAGGAGAUGCUUUGGUUGCGGGAGGUGUGAGCCAGACGCCUUCAUACCUCAGCUGCAAGAGUGAAACAGAAGUCAAAAAAAUAUUCCAGCAGCAGCUGGAGGUCUUCAUGAAGAAGAAUGUGGACUUCCUCAUUGCUGAGUAUUUUGAACAUGUGGAAGAAGCUGUGUGGGCAGUAGAAGCAUUAAAGACAUCUGGUAAACCUAUAGCGGCUACCAUGUGCAUUGGGCCUGAAGGAGACCUGCAUGGAGUGUCCCCCGGAGAGUGUGCUGUACGUCUGGUCAAAGCAGGAGCCUCCAUCGUGGGGGUGAACUGCCACUUCGACCCCACCACGAGCCUGCAGGCAGUGAAGCUCAUGAAGGAGGGUUUGGAGGGUGCUCGGUUGAAGGCCUUCCUGAUGAGCCAGCCCUUGGCCUACCACACUCCCGACUGCGGCAAACAGGGAUUCAUCGAUCUCCCCGAGUUCCCCUUCGGCCUGGAACCCAGAGUUGCAACCCGAUGGGAUAUUCAAAAAUACGCCAGAGAGGCCUACAACCUGGGGGUCAGGUACAUUGGCGGCUGCUGCGGAUUUGAGCCCUACCACAUCAGGGCGAUUGCUGAGGAGCUGGCCCCGGAAAGGGGGUUUUUGCCUCUGGCUUCAGAGAAACAUGGCAGCUGGGGCAGUGGUUUGGACAUGCACACCAAACCCUGGAUCAGAGCAAGGGCCAGAAAGGAGUACUGGCAGAAUCUUCGGAUAGCUUCUGGCAGGCCAUACAACCCUUCGAUGUCCAAGCCAGAUGCCUGGGGAGUGACGAAGGGCACCGCAGAGCUGAUGCAGCAGAAGGAAGCCACCAGUGAGCAGCAGCUGAAAGAGCUCUUUGAGAAACAGAAGUUCAAAUCUGCACAGUAG